AAAAUUUGUUUAUUCAUUGGCCCCAUUAAGACUAAAAUAUCCAUUCAAUUUCGAAACGAUUUUCAUAAUUUCAAAAAAUGUAAAUACAGUCGAAGUACAUGUGCGUGUGUGUUACAUAUGUAUGUAUAUAGUUUCCUAAACCGCGACUAUAGCGUAUCCGCAGAGUCUCAUAAAAACUAUAGAAACGAAAACUAAGAUUUGUAACAAAGAUUUAAAAGAAAAGAAAAAAAGAAGAAAGAGAAAGAGAAACAACGAAAGAUAUUAAUUACGCUCGUUGGCUGAUAAACCGGCAAGGAUCCGUGUUUUAGAAUGGCUUUGAACGCGAACGCGUUGUCUAGUGACAUAAGCCGAAGAAAUCCACAGGAUGAAUACGAGCUCAUUCAGAGGAUAGGCAGCGGAACGUACGGAGAUGUUUACAAGGGGAUGACUUUGCAAUAAUCCAGCAAGAAAUUUUAAUGAUGAAAGAUUGUAAACACCCUAAUAUUAUUGCCUAUUAUGGAAGUUACUUGAGGAGGGAUAAAUUAUGGAUUUGUAUGGAAUAUUGUGGAGGUGGUUCUUUGCAAGAUAUAUAUCACAUAACUGGACCAUUAUCGGAAAUACAAAUAGCAUACAUGUGCAGAGAAACUCUUUUGGGAUUGGCUUAUUUGCAUAGUAUGGGCAAAAUGCAUCGUGAUAUUAAAGGUGCCAAUAUAUUACUGACUGAGGCUGGUGACGUCAAAUUAGCUGAUUUUGGUGUAUCGGCACAAAUUACUGCGACUAUUAACAAGAGGAAAAGUUUUAUUGGCACUCCUUAUUGGAUGGCACCUGAGGUUGCAGCUGUAGAAAGGAAAGGUGGUUAUAAUCAACUUUGUGAUAUUUGGGCAUGUGGAAUCACUGCAAUAGAAUUAGCUGAAUUACAACCACCUAUGUUUGAUUUGCAUCCAAUGAGAGCACUCUUUCUCAUGUCUAAAUCUGGCUUUAAACCGCCGACGUUGAAGGAUCGCGACAAAUGGAGCCCAACAUUCCACAAUUUCGUGAAAGUUGCUCUAACUAAAAAUCCUAAAAAACGACCGACUGCCGAAAAAUUACUGCAGCAUGCAUUUUUUCAAGGAGAAAUGAGCAAACGUUUAGCUCUAGAAUUGUUGCAGAAAGUAUCGAAUCCUAGUCAUAUGUUUACUGAUUUAGAAGCAGAUGAAGAUGGAGCUGUACCUAAUGUUCCACAGAGGAUAGCAUCUCGUCAUACCGCGAGACCUAGACCAAAAAGUCCUAUACCCCAAUUAGACAGCGACGAUCAAAUUAAUCUUGACGGAACCUUACAAAGAGAUGCGAUUUCUUCUUCUGUGGACACUACUCCAUCUUGGGAUAUUAUGGAUAUUAUGAAUAAUGUCAAGGAUCGCAAGCGAGUCCUAGGCGUCACAGCUCUGUGGACGAGUUGUACGGUCUAGUGAACAGUACUCAACCCUUAGCCAAUGUUAAUGGACAGCGUCAACGAUCCCUUUCCGACAGUGGUCCUAGAGACGAAUCCCCUCGAUCAAAUGGUCAAAAUGAGAUGCCAAGUGAAGGAGACAGGGAAAGUAUGAGUCCAGACUUAUUGUCUGACACUCCUCCUGUUCCUCCAAGAAGAAGGGAUAGAAAACGCCAUACACCUCCCAGACCGAUCAGCAAUGGACUGCCACCAACGCCCAAAGUUCAUAUGGGUGCAUGUUUCUCAAAAGUAUUUAAUGGAUGUCCAUUGAGAAUACAUUGUACCGCGAGCUGGAUUCAUCCGGACACGAGAGAUCAGCAUUUGUUAAUCGCGGCGGAGGAAGGGAUUUAUAAUUUAAAUUUAAAUGAACUUCAUGAAACCGCAAUAGAUCAAUUGUAUCCUAGACGUACGAUCUGGAUGUAUGUUAUUAAGGAUGUCCUUAUGUCUUUAUCUGGAAAGACUCCCCAAUUGUAUAGACACGAUUUAUUAGCAAUGCAAAGCAAACAGACUCAUAGAUUUUCAUUGCAUAUGAAUAAAAUAUCUGAGAGAUUAGUACCUAGGAAAUUUGCUCUAACUACUAAAGUACCAGACACGAAAGGCUGUACCAAGUGUUGUGUAGGGAGGAAUCCAUAUAACGGGUAUAAAUAUUUAUGCGGUGCAAUGCCUACUGGGAUAUUUUUAAUGCAAUGGUACGACCCUCUAAAUAAGUUUAUGCUAUUAAAGCAUUUCGAUUGUACAUUACCAACGCCGUUAAACGUAUUCGAAAUUAUAAUCACUCCCGAAAUGGAGUAUCCAAUGGUAUGCGUGUCUGUAAAACAACCAUAUCAGCAGAACAAAUUGAAGUUGGAUUUGAUUAAUAUGAACUCGGGGGCAAGUUGGUUUCACAGUGAUGAAUUGGAAGAUAUGGACGGUUCUGUUUGCUUACCAGACAGUGUGUUAGCAUUCCACAAGCAUGGCAUGCAAGGCAGGAGUUUCAAAAAUGGCGAAGUCACGCAAGAGAUCAGUGAUCCGAGUAGGACGUACAGAUUACUUGGAUCGGAUAAAGUUGUGAUGCUGGAGAGCCAUUUGGUUCAGUCAGGUACACUAACUGAAUCCGAGGGCGCAGACUUGUAUAUACUCGCUGGGCACGAAGCCAGUUAUUAAGUUAAAUACUUCCAACUAUAUAAAUGUGCAGAGGUAUAAUGUGAGUCGCAAGUGACUUGUGAUUCCCACUGACUACGUGUGAAGUAAAAUGUGACUGAGAGGCAGUGGUCAAUGUUGGUAAGAGAAUUGUUAAUUAUCCUGUUUUAAAGUGCGUGCGAAUAAGAAAUCAACGUGCAUCAACGUACACACAUACACAGUCGUCAUUCGUCACUGUUCUCCAUAUAGCCAUUGCUGUGUAAACUGGUUAUUUACCAAGAGAGAAAGAGAAUUUUUUAACGAAGACAUUUUGAAUUAAUGAUCUUCGAGUUUCGAAUGGAGAUCAUGGUGGAACAGAUUAUUAGGAAGAAGCACGAUAUAUUUAAAGUAAUAAUCUGUAAACUCGCCCUGAUGCCUGGCAAAAUAAAGCUUAUAUCAAUCAGAACUUCUCCCGAGAAACAUCUGUGCGCUCGCGAAAUUGAACAUUCACAAUUGAUACUCUCGACAUUCGUUAUUAUAAUAAAUGUCUAGUAAACAGAAAGUAGACAAGAGACUUGAUUUCAAACAAUAUUCUUCAUUUUUUUUUUCUUCUUUUUUCUAA